AUGGCCGAUAGUGGCACAGGGAACAAAAAGCCCACGAAGUGCCCCCACUGCUUGUCCGCCUCUCAGGAAGACGUCCUGUGCCUGUGCUCCUCCGGCGCAGGGCUUUCUCCGGUGUCGGUGGUGGAAAUGUCCGAGACAUCAAGCAUUGCUUGUUCAGACAUUUCGAUUUCAAUGGAGAAAAAAAAAGACCAACAUAUUAAAGAUAAUUCCUCUGGAAAAGAUGGGCCCUCAAGAACCCCGAAUGUAGAGAGAAAGAUAUCUCAACAACAGUGGAGUCGGGGCAACUUCACAGACGGAAAAGUCCCUCACAUAAGGAUGGACAAUGGAGCUGCUAUUCAGGAAAUCUAUACAUUUGGAAGAGUAUUGGGAAAAGGGAGCUUUGGAAUGGUCAUUGAAGCAACAGACAAGGAAACAGAAACUAAGUGGGCAAUUAAAAAAGUGAACAAAGAAAAGGCUGGGAGCUCUGCUGUGAAGUUACUCGAACGGGAGGUGAACAUCCUAAAAAUCGUGAAGCAUGAGCACAUCAUACAUCUGGAACAAGUGUUCGAGACGCCCAGGAAAAUGUACCUGGUGAUGGAACUUUGUGAGGAUGGAGAACUCAAAGAAAUCCUGAGUAAGAAAGGGCAUUUCUCAGAGAAUGAGACGAGGUGGAUCAUCCAAAGCCUUGCAUCAGCGAUAGCGUAUCUUCACAAUAACGAUAUAGUACAUAGAGAUCUAAAACUGGAAAACAUAAUGGUUAAAAGCAGCUUUAUUGAUGCUAACAAUGAAAUGAACUUAAACAUAAAGGUGACUGAUUUUGGCCUAGCGGUGAAGAAGCAUGGCGGGAGCGAGGCCAUGCUGCAGACCACGUGUGGGACUCCCAUGUAUAUGGCCCCUGAGGUCAUCAACGCCCAUGACUACAGCCAUCAGUGCGACAUCUGGAGCAUAGGGGUCAUCAUGUACAUUUUGUUAUGUGGAGAACCGCCCUUUAUGGCAAGCUCAGAAGAGAAGCUUUUUGAGUUAAUAAGAAAGGGAGAACUACAUUUCGAUGAUCCAGUUUGGGAUUCCAUAAGUGAUUGUGCCAAAAGUGUUUUGAAACAACUUAUGAAAGUAGAUCCUGCUCACAGAAUCACAGCUAAGGAGCUACUGGAUAACCAGUGGUUAACAGGCAAUACACAUUCUUCGGCGAGACCAAUCAAUGUCUUAGAAAUGAUGAAAGAGUGGAAAAACAAUCCAGGGAGUGAUGAAGAAAACGCAGCAGAGCAAAAGAACAAGUGGUCCAAUCAAGAAAAGUUGCAAGUUUCCCAACUCAGCAGACCCGGCGGAGCUGCCCACGAUGUCGCCUCUACCUCAGAUGAAGACGAGGAGAAACAGCCCACUGCUUAUAAAAAGAAACUUCCUGUGACCAGUAAGAAGGGAAACACAGAGAACCUGGACUCGAGCAGUACAAACUCCACGUCCAGCAAACUCCUUCCAGCCGGAAUCAAGGGAGAACUAGAGAAAACCUCUGUGACUUCCAGCCACGUAACAACCAACAAAUACACUUCUAAAUCCUACGCCCUGCCCAGAACCAAAAAGAAACUCUGAGGUUCCCUCCAACACUGAUUAGCACGAAAACAGAGCUGCUUUUCCUAGUACUAAAAUGAGGGGGUAGGAUGUGUAAAGGACCAGCGCUACAUGAGCUUUUAGCUCCACCAAGCCUAGCAGUGUGCUUGCACCAGUUUAGAAUUGAAGCUAGUUACCUCCAAGCAGCGUGGUGUCGAAGGACAGCCACUCGCAGGCUUGAUGGCGGGGCUGCGGUGGAAACCAGUGCAAGGCCCUUGUAGGGUUGUU